AUGGAAAACAGAUUAGAUGUUGUGGAGAAGGACAUGGGAACCAUGAGAGAUUGUUUGCUGGAAAUCCAAGCUUGGAUUAGGCGUAAGGAUGAAGAAAAAGUUAGAAGAGCUGAAAGGGGUGGUUCGACAGAGACACCCAUAAACAAUACAGGCAACAUAGAGGGGGAAAAUGAGGACCCUAACGCAAAUAUGAAUGAUGAAAACGGAAUAGAUGGUCGACGAUGUCCAGGAUACGCUGGCCGGAAAAUCGAGAUGCUAGUCUUCGUCGGAGAGGAUCCGUAUGGGUGGUUGUUCCAGAUAGAGAGGUAUUUCAACGUGUAUCAAGUGGCAAAAGAAGAGUGGCUGAACACGGUGGCUCGGUUCGGAGGAUCCCAAGAUGGUGGUCCGUAUGAGGCGUUGAUGGGAAUCCGGCAGACCGGAACAGUGGAUGACUACCGCCGCAAGUUUGAAGCCCUGUCAGCUCCAUUGAAGGAUGAGAAGGAAGAUUUACUUUGGGCUGUGUUUCUGAAUGGGCUAAAACCCGAAUUAAAAGCUGAGUCAAGUCGCCAAUGGAACGAGAGAACCAGCCAUUUUUCUCUAAACGCUAGUCAACGUAGCAGCAGCAACUCUGUCCAGCAGCAACCAAGCAGCUCAGUUUUCAGAAAAGAAUUUCCCUUCAAACAGAUGACAGAACUUGAGAUCCAGAGGAAAAAGGCGCGUGGGGUUUGUUUCCGGUGUGACGCAAAUUUUUUUCCAGGCCACCGGUGUGGAGACAAGCAGUUCCACGUCGUGUUGAUUGAUGAGGAUGAGAGUCAAGAUGAGCCAAAUGACGUUGGGGCAGAUCUGAGUGAGAACGUGGAGGAGCAACUACCAAAUGAUGCGGAGCUUUCAAUUAGUUCAAUCGUGGGAAUCUCAAGUCCGAAAACCAUGAAGGUAAAGGGAAAAAUCAGUGGGGCUGAAGUGAUAGUGUUGAUCGACAGUGGAGCAUCGCAUAAUUUUAUCAGCAAGGGUGUGAUUGAGAAGUUGGGAUUACCAGUGAUGCAGACGCAAACCUUCGGGGUACGUGUGGGAGACGGAUAUCAGAUGCGAUGUGAGGGAGAAUGUAGGGAGGUACAGUUGGACAUUCAGGGGACUCCGAUUAUACAGAAUUUUUUUCCAUUUGAGAUGAAUAGUGCAGAUGUGGUUUUGGGUGUGGCAUGGUUGGAAACUUUGGGGGAAACAACGGUGGAUUGGAAAACACAGGUAAUGAAGUUCAAACUAGGAGAUAGAAUUGUGAAAUUUGUGGGUGACCCUUCUCUGAGCAAAACUCUGAUUUCCUUAAAAGUUAUGCUGCGGACAAUUCAACGCGAGGGACAUGGGUGUUUUGUGGAAUUUGGUAAUUUGCAGAAGCUAGGUGAAUCACAAGUUGAAGAGGACAGCGGCAUUCUACCAGUUCUGGUUCGGUAUCAAUCAGUCUUCUCUUCACUUCCAGGAUUACCACCGCCAAGGACCCAAGACCAUUCCAUUAACCUCCUCCCCGGCUCCCAAACCCCAAAUAUUAGACCUUACCGCUAUCCCUACUACCAGAAAAAUGAGAUAGAAAAACUAGUGAGUGAGAUGUUAGCUGCCGGUAUCAUUAAGCCCAACCUUAACCCCUUUUCCAGCCCAGUGUUAUUGGUGAAAAAGGAAGACGGCGGUUGGCGAUUUUGUGUGGAUUACAGGGCUCUUAACAAGAUCACGGUUCCAGAUAAGUUCCCCAUCCUAGUGGUUGACGAAUUGUUUGAUGAAUUAGGAGGAGCUUCCAUUUUUUCCAAAUUAGAUUUGAAGUCGGGCUACCACCAGAUUCGAGUAAAGGAGGGGGAAACCCACAAAACGUCUUUUAGGACACACGAAGGACAUUAUGAGUUCUUAGUCAUGCCCUUUGGGUUGACUAAUGCCCCAGCCACUUUCCAAGCCUUGAUGAAUGACAUAUUUCGGCCUUUUCUACGUCGGUUCAUUCUGGUAUUCUUUGAUGACAUAUUGGUUUACAGCCACACUAAAGAGGAUCAUAUCCGGCACUUAGAGAUCACCCUCAGCACCCUUGAAGAACACCACUUGGUUGCCAAUAAGAAGAAGUGUUUCUUCGGUCAGCGAGAAUUAGAAUAUUUGGGGCACGUCAUUUCAGCAUGUGGGGUGGCAGUUGAUCCUUCCAAAAUUGACAGUGUUUUACAGUGGCCAAGUCCGAAGGAUAUCAGGGCAUUACGAGGAUUUCUGGGUUUGACCGGUUACUACCGAAGGUUGGUCAAGGAUUACGGGAAAAUCGCCAUUCCUCUUACCAGUUUACUUAAGAAAGAUGCAUUUCAAUGGAAUUCGGAAGCCCAAAAGGCCUUCGAUGAGCUUAAGAGGAUAAUGACUUCAGUUUCGGUGUUAGCUUUGCCAGACUUUACUAAAGAAUUUAUCAUUGAAACGGAUGCCUCAGGGAGUGGGUUAGGGGCUGUCCUGAUGCAAGAGGGUAGACCGUUGGCUUUUUUGAGCAAAGACUUAUCAUCUCAAUCAAAGCUUAAAUCAGUAUAUGAGCGGGAAUUAAUGGCGAUUGUGAUGGCAGUUCAGAAGUGGCGACAUUAUUUAUUGGGGCGUCGCUUCAUUAUUAGGACAGACCAAAGGAGCCUCCAUUUUCUAACGGAUCAGCAGUUACUAGGUGAAGAUCAACAGAAAUGGGUUGCUAAACUGAUUGGGUUGAAUUUUAUUAUCCAGUAUAAACCAGGGGCAGAGAAUCGGGUAGCUGAUGCAUUGUCUAGAAGAGGUGAACAGGUGGAAUUUGAUGGGUUAUCUGUCAGUUAUUUUGUAGGUAUGGAAGAAUUAGAGGAUGCUAUUCAACAACAUGACAAAUUGCGUGGAAUUGUUCAAAAAUUGUUGUUGGAUCCCAAUGGCCACCCACCAUUCACGUUAGUUGGCCACCAUCUCUUGUGUAAUGGCCGCCUAGUUGUACCAAGGAAAGGGGCCCACAUUCCAUUUCUUCUACAUGAGUUUCACUCAUCUCCUAUUGGGGGUCAUUCGGGUUUCUUUCGUACUUUUAAAAGACUCAGCAGUGUGGUUUACUGGGAGGGUAUGAAACGAGAUAUCAAGGAGUUUGUCGAUUCCUGUGCAGUUUGUCAACAAAAUAAAUACCAGGCCUUGAGUCCCGCGGGGUUAUUGCAGCCUCUAUCCAUUCCUGAGCAGGUUUGGGAAGACAUAUCUAUGGAUUUCAUCACCGGGCUUCCCAAAACAAAUAGUGCCGAUACCAUCCUGGUCGUGGUUGACCGACUAACUAAGUACAGCCACUUCUUGUCCCUUAAGCAUCCCUACACGGCCACGGAUGUUGCCCACCUUUUUAUCAAGGAGAUUGUCUGGCUACAUGGGUUUCCCCUCUCCAUUAUAUCCGAUCGCGACCGAGUUUUCAUCAGUCAUUUUUGGAAGGAGUUGUUUAAACACUCGGGCACGCAGCUUCGCAUGAGCUCGGCAUACCACCCUCAAACUGAUGGCCAGUCGGAAGUGGUCAAUCGAUGUGUUGAAACAUACCUUCACUGUUUUGUGAGUAGCCAGCCUCGCCAAUGGCCUAAAUGGAUCUCUUGGGCAAAGUUCUGGUUCAAUACGACUUUCAACGGCUCCACAAGUAUGACUAGACCUGGCAAAACGGGUGGGUGGGCCGGACUGGUGGCCACUUACUGGCAACAAGCGUUUUUGUGGGAGGUGGCUUUGAGUGGGGUCCAUGAAUUGAGGGUUAAUGUUUUUGAAAAGGUUUUGCAGAGAGGCUUGGCGUUUUUUGAAGACUUGCAGAUUCUAUGUUCCUCUCAUUGGGUGACUGAGGCUCAGGCUCAAUGGGCGGCAGCCCAAGCAAAUUUGGACUGGGACCCCUUUUCUACUAAGUGUAUCUCUCAGGAGAGGAACCUUGCCAACCAAUAUUUUAGUCUUUGCAGAGAUGAGGAGACUUUUUUAAAGCAGUGGUCUCGUAUUCAAUGGUUGAACUUAGGGGAUCAGAAUACUAAAUUCUUUCAUAAGUCGUUGAUACACAGGCAGGUUCGGAAUCGCAUCCAUGGUUUGAUUGAUGCGAAUGGUACUUAUAUUACUGACAGUCGGGAUUUAGGGCGUUUGGUGGUGAGGUUUUUUCAAGGUCUUCUUACUGCCCCUUAUCAACCUCGAGUUGAGAAGGCUUCUAGGUACUUUUCUAGAUGCAUUUCUUAUGGUAUGAUUUCUCCCUUGAUUGCUCCUAUCAUAGAUGAUGAGAUUAGGACUACUUUAUUUUCUAUCUCAGAUGAUAAAGCUCCUGGUCUGAAUGGAUGUGUUAAUACUACCAAGAUUGCUUUGGUUCUUAAGGUGGAGAUCCCGAGUCAUAUGAUUGACUUUAGACCAUUAGCUUUUGUCUUGAGGCAGAGGAUUUCUGAUAAUAUUUUGUUGACACAAGAGCUUUUGCGAAAUUAUCAUCUUGAGGGUACUUCACCUCGAUGUGCCCUUAAAGUUGAUAUUCGAAAAGCUUUUGAUAUUGUAAGUUGGGAUUUCAUCUUUUUUGGGUUGCGUACUAUUGGGAUUCCUGAGCGUAUGGUAGAUGUUUCCUCUGUUAGUCAUAUCAAAUCGACCUUGGAUUCUUUUGCCAAGGUUUCUGGUUUGGUGACUAAUGUAGAGAAGAACUAG